GGGGAGCUGCUCAGCCCAUGCCGGUGUGACGGGUCCGUCCGCUGCACGCACCAGCCCUGCCUGAUUCGCUGGAUCAGCGAGAGGGGCUCUUGGAGCUGUGAGCUGUGUUACUUCAAAUACCAGGUGUUAGCCAUCAGCACAAAGAACCCCCUGCAGUGGCAGGCGAUUUCCCUGACCGUCAUCGAGAAGGUGCAGAUCGCAGCCAUCAUCCUGGGCUCCCUCUUCCUCAUCGCCAGCAUCUCCUGGCUCAUCUGGUCGUCCCUCAGCCCCUCGGCCAAGUGGCAGCGGCAGGACCUGCUCUUCCAGAUCUGCUACGGCAUGUACGGCUUUAUGGACAUUGUCUGCAUAG